AUGGAUGAACUUUAUAAUUUAAUUGAUUUUUAUGACCGGGUUGCAAUGCACGAACGAGUUCCCAAAAGGUAUGUGAGAGAUAUGCAAAAUCCAAUAGAUUACUACAGUGACAAAGAGUUCAAAAACAGAUUCAGAUUUUCUAAAACUUCAGUUAUUGAAUGUUUAAUGCCUCUAAUAUUUAAUGAGAUUGAAGCUGUCACUACAAUGAGGGGUUUACCAGUUCCUCAACUUAUUAAACUUUUAGCAGUAUUACGAUUUUAUGGAACAGGAAACAUUCAAGUAAAAAAAAAACAUUUUUAA